AUGCAGUGGGUAGAAUACAAACGCAAACGGAUAGUGGUUGAUUUGGAAGUGUUUGGCGACUUUAUGGAGGAACUUGUCGAUAAGGCCUUGGAAGCAACCUAUGAGCGUUGUGGAGACGAAGACACAGCAAGAGGAAAACGUCGCGAGAAAAAUUUAGUGAAGGGUUUCGUUAAUGUAACAGAUACUGAUGAGCAUCAAUGUUGUACCUGUAGCCAACAAGAGCCCGUAAUUGUACCUCAGUCUGGAACUGCGGGGAGUCGAAGCUUUGCUCCGUCUAGGAGUUGUUCAGUUUGUGGAUCUACCGGGCAUUUGGGCCGCAAUUGCGACGAGUUCAGAGCCAUGAACUUGCAGGAUCGGUGGAACACGGUGCAGCGUUUGGGAUUGUGUUCGCUGUGUCUGUACAAUCAUAAUGGAAAAUAUUGCCUGGCUAAACGGAGAUGCGGUAUAAAUCAGUGUGAACAGAGACAUCACCCACUUCUCCAUUGGGACACGAGAACCACCGCACCUCAGCUGAUUGCAAGUUGUAACGGUCAUCGACAGUCAGUCAUAUUUCGGAUGAUUCCUGUUAAACUUUACAGCAACGACAAACAAUUAGAAGCACUAGCCCUUAUCGAUGAAGGAUCAUCAGUAUCACUAAUCCUGGAUGAACUAGCAAAAGAGCUAGGUGCUAUAGGAGACAUCGAGCCGCUAAGAAUGAGUUGGACAAACGGUAUGAGCACAGUGGAAAACCUGUCCGCUAAAAUCAACCUACAGAUCUCAGCUUUCGAUGAUGUAAGACGGUUUAAUCUGAUGGAUGUUAGAACGGUGCGAAAAUUAGAUUUACCAACGCAAAGUUUGGACAGCAGUUCGAUACGGGAAAGGUUUGCACACCUGCGAGACAUCGCCAUUCCAAGUUAUGAGUCAACGAAGGCGAAGUUGUUAAUCGGAAUCAACAAUAUACACCUUAUCGCACCCCUUCAAUCCCGAGUAGGAGAAUUGGGCGAACCGGUAGCAAUACAGUGUCAACUUGGGUGGAGUUUGUAUGGACCAAGACCAGAUAUAGUCGCGAAUGUUCAUUUCUUGGGACAUCAUCGUUCUUGCUCUGAGUGUAAUAGAAUUGACCGAGAGAUGAAUGAAAAUUUGAAAGAGUAUUUUAGUAUUGAAGCAGUCGGAAUAUCACCAGUGCCACUGGAAACGAACAAAGAGCGUCGAGCACGUGAAAUUUUGGACCGUACAACGAAGCGGGUAGGUGAUCGAUACGAAUCUGGACUUCUGUGGAAGACAGAUGAUAUUUCGUUCCCGGAGAGCUAUCAGAUGUCACUGAAACGCGCCAACAGCUUAGAGCGUCGAAUGAAUAAGCAUCCUGGAGUUCGUGAAGUUAUAGUGAAACAGUUACAGGAGUACUUAGAAAAGGGAUACGCUCAUAAAAUCACGGAUGAAGAACUCCGGAACACGCCACCUGAGAAAACAUGGUACUUGCCAUUGAAUUUUGUCAUCAAUCCGAAGAAAGAAGGAAAAAUUCGGCUUGUGUGGGACGCAGCAGCGAAGGUCAAGGGUGUCUGCUUGAACGAUUUCCUCCUAAAAGGACCCGAUAUGGUAUCGUGUUUGCCGUUGGUAAUAAGUGGUUUCAGAGAAAGACAGGUUGCAUUCGGAGGUGAUAUUCGUGAAAUGUUUCACCAGGUGCGAGUAAGACCAGAAGACCGACAAGCUCAAAGAUUCUUGUUUCGGAUAGAUGCCAAUAAGGAUCCCCAAAUAUUUGUGAUGGAUGUUGUAAUAUUUGGCGCGAGCUGUUCCCCUUGCACAUCGCAGUUUGUAAAAAAUAUUAAUGCACGAGAGCAUGCUGUGCGGUAUCCGAAAGCAGCGAAAGCUAUCAUUGAGAAACAUUUUGUCGAUGACUAUUUUGAUAGUGUUGAUACAGAAUCGGAAGCAAUACAACUGGCAAAGGAAGUCGAAAAGGUGCACGCGGCAGGCGGGUUUGAAAUCAGAAACUGGAUGAGCAAUUCUCCAGCAGUCUUGAAGGCGCUUUGCUCUGUGUCUGAAGAACCAAACAGAUCUGUUGAGGUGAAUAAGACUGGUGAAGUAGAACGUGUGCUGGGCGUAAGUUGGAACGCCGUGAAAGAUGUUUUUGUUUUCUCGACGGAUAUGCGAGCAGAUCUCCAUCCAUAUAUAAUGGAAGGCGCUUGGCCGACGAAACGGAUUGCUUUGAGGUGCAUUAUGAGCAUGUUCGAUCCCCAGCAAUUUCUGGCGCCAUUAUAA